AUGCUUUCCCUAAGAGCCAUUUCUUCAUUCUCCUGGAGAGUGUUUCGUUUUCGACUCUUCGGUUGUGAACCGUUAAUUAGCCAGAUGGAUAAGUGUACGAAUGAAGAGCAAGUAUUUGAUCUUAUUGAAGAAAACAAAGCCAUAAUUUCAGAAGAGGAAGUGGGAUAUGCAUUUAAUAUACUUUGUCAGUUUCAGAAGCAGAAUACUGGCUUGUUGAAAAGUGUUGAAUAUAUAAAAAACCACCCCCAAUUUCUUACUCUUUAUAAUUUAACUACAAAUAAAAUGGAAUCUAUGAAUGAUGAUAACCUGGUGAAUGUGUUGUACUGCAUACAACAGUUUGCUGUUGAGUCCCAUGACCCACUAGUUGAAGCACUAGUGACAGAAGCAUGGAAAAGACUGGAAAGGUUUGAUAUGAAUGUGCUGGCAAAAUUUUCCACUUGCCUAGCAGAUCAACACUUAUAUUUUAGUCCAUUAAUGGGAAAAAUAGCUGAUAUUGUAAGUAGGAACUUGGAAACCAUACAGGACUUAAGGUCUUUGUCUGUUUUGAUGGUCAGCAUAUCUUCUUUAACAUCACAACAUUUUCAACAACAAUUAGUGAAGAAAACAGAACUUCUUUUUGAUACCAUAGAUUCUUCCCAGGUCAACAUUGCAAGAAGAAUACUACAAUUCCUUAGAAAUAUUAAAUAUAGUUAUUACCCACUAUUAGAAAGGUGUAAUAAAGUGUUUUUAAGCAAUAUGAAUGAUCUUGAUUUGGACACCAUCAGUAAAAUAUCUAGCCUGUACCACUCUCUACAAUUUAAUAAUUUUGAAUUUAUUUUAAUAACUAAAAAGAGGCUAACUGAAAUGAUCCCUCUGUUUGAUCAGCCUGCUACCUUUGUAAAAUUGUUUGUAGUAUUGGGACCCAUGGCAGGACCUGAAGAAAAGAAACAACUUGAGUCAAGUAUAUUAUUGAUAUCACAGGAGCUGACCAGCCAGCAAGCCCUGGCAGUGAUUGGAGCAAUGGAAGAGAUGGAAAGCAGAAAUUUACGUCUGAUUAAAAAAAUUGCUUCAAUUCUGCUUAAGAAUCUGGAGAACUAUAAACCAAUAGAGUUAUUGAAGAUAACUCACGCAUUGAUUGUUUUACAUUUCCAAAGUAAAGAGUUUUUUGUGAAACUCAGAGAAUUAUUGCUUAGUUAUUUGAAAAUUAGUGUCAAAACUAGUGAGAUUUCCAUCCUGGUCUCUGCCAUUUCUAAACUUCCAUCUCCUCACUUAGAUGAAGUGGGGAUAUCUCGAAUUGAAGCAGUUUUACCACAGUUUGACCUAAAUGACCUGAAUAGUUUUGCCACAUCUGUCUUAAGAUGGAUUCAAUAUGGUCAUGUGUAUCCAGAUAACACUACUGGAAAACAGCUGAAACUACUUCAAAAAAUAGAUCACUACGGUCAUCAGAGACUACAAAAAUACAACAAUUUGAAUUCGUUAUGGGCAGAAAUUAAAUCUUUAAAAGGAGACUGGUUUUCUGAAUCUCUUCUUGAAGAAACAGUUGCUACUUUACAGCGUUUGGUGGAUGGAAUUAAUUACACAAAUGUUGCGGGAAUUGCAUAUUUCAUUUCUAGAACUAACUACCUCAAUACUUUGCUGCUUGACAAGAUAGCCUCAGUGGUCCUUCAGCAGAUUGAAAAGAUUCAUCCUUUUGCAAUCUUUCCUAUUAUUCUUCCAUUCAGCACCUUGAACUAUGAUCCGCCUCAAAGGGAUGAAUUUUUUGGAACUUGUAUUCAACACCUUAAUUCUUACUUAAGUCUAUUGGAUCCUCUCAGGUUAGUGUUUCUUGGUUUCUUUUUUGCCACGCUUGAAUAUUUUCCAGAAGAUCUGCUAAGGACAAUUUUUAACAUCAAAUUUUUAAGCAGAUUGGAUUCUCAACUUGAAAUUUUAUAUUCAACUCUAAAUAGGAAGGUCCAGUUUCGUCUUAUGGAAUUAAAUAGAGCAGUCUGCUUGGAAUGCCCUGAGUAUCAGAUUCCAUGGUUUCAUGACCGCUUCUGUCAGCAACUUUAUAAUAAAGAUAUUGGCAGCCUGAAUGGAGCACAGCAGCAGAUUUAUAAAAUGUUAGCAGAAGUGUUAGGAGGAGCCAAUUGUGUAAAAGCCUCCGCUCUUACAUCUUACUACCACUUACUAGAUUUUGAGUGUAUCUUGGAUAAAAGAAAAAACCCACUUCCUUAUGGAAGCCAUAAUGUAACUUUGGGGAAAAUGCCACAAAUGCACUGGGAAUCAAAUACCCAAAUAGUUGGAUCGAGUCUGCCACCAGGAGCUGAAAGAAUUGCUUUGGAAUUUUUGGAUUUAAGAGCUUUUUGUAGAAACAUUCCUCAUUUAAAAGGAAAAUCUGCUAUGAAAAAACGACAUUUGGAGAUUUUGGGCUAUCGUGUAAUUCAGAUCCCUCAUUUUGAAUGGAACUCUAUGGUACUGUCAACAAAGAGUGCUCGAAUGGACUACCUAAGGGAACGUAUAUUUGGAGACGGCAAAUCAUGA